GUUGCUGACUAUCGCUGACGCUUUGGGAGAGAGAUCGGGAUCGGAUGACGUUGUGCAAGGGAGGAGCUUGGAUUGUCCUGCAAAAAGCAUCGCCUGGCAAACUGCAGCAGACGCCAGUAAGACAGUAAGAUGGCCUCGGCACAUGACAGAGCUGUACUCCAGGCUAUAUUCAACCCCACCACCCCCUUUGGAGACAUUCCCGGCCUAAACCAAGAGGAGGAAUUAAUUGAUGAUGACAGUGGCUUUGACAGAGAGUUGCUGAAGCAAGUGAAAGAGCUGGAGAUGCGGGGUGUCUCAGCAGCAGAGACUGGGGAUUUACAAACUGCGCUUCAGCUGUUCAGCCAGGCAAUCCAGAUCCUUCCUCAGCGAGCCUCUGCCUAUAACAACCGGGCACAGGCCCUGCGGCUGAAGGGGGACACAGCAGGAGCCCUGGGGGAUCUGGACCAAGCGAUUGCUCUGAGCGGCAGCACUGGGCGUACUGCCUGCCAGGCGCUGGUGCAACGAGGCCUUUUACAUAGACUAGCAUGCCAGAAUGAUGAAGCCAGAGCAGAUUUUGAAAAAGCAGCUGCACUUGGAAGUGAAUUUGCUCGACAACAGGCUGUGGUCCUUAAUCCAUAUUCUGCCCUGUGUAACAAAAUGCUGUCAGAGGUGAUCAACAAACUACGCAACCCUGAAACAUCUGACAUGCAGUGAUGUAAAACAUUAGGUGUUCGUCUUCUCUGAAAGUCUGAAAUCAAUAAAUUAACCUUUUUAUGAUGUUC